GCUCUGAUUUGUCAUCCUGAAGUUUCCAGAGAUAAAAUGUACCAUAGUUGUUUUUGAUAAAAAAAUGUUUUAUAUUCAAAUGUAGGAACUGGGUUCUACAGUUUGAACCCCUGCUGUCUCUGGCUCCACACCGAGCUAUCUAGAUGUGUGAAAGUCAGUGUAUAAGCUAAUGAGCCAUCAUGUAUGGCAUUCCUGGAAGUAUGUUAACUUACAUUUUGUAUUACCAUAUCAUGUGUGUAUGUAAUCUAUAGUUAUGUACUUAAAAAUUUAUCAAUUGACCAAUUUGGCACAUUUGGGCAGACUUAUUAAAGUAUUGCAGUGCUUCACUUGAUCAAUCUGAAACUUUGCGCACACACUGCUGCCAUCUAGUGGCCAAAAUCUAAAUUACGCCUAAACUGCAAUAUUAUAUUAUGGCCUUUCUCUUGCAUUUCAAAGAUAAAAAAAUGAAAACAUAUGUUUUUUUGUUUGUAUUAUCUUUUACCAGAUCUAAUGUGUUAUAUUCUCCUACAUUAAUUUCACAUUUCCACAAACUUCAAAGUGUUUCCUUUCAAAUGGUAUCAAGAAUAUGCAUAUCCUUGCUUCAGGUCUUGAGCUAGUUAGAUUUGGGUAGGUCAUUUUAGGCUAAAAUGGGAAAAAAGGUUUUGAUCCUUAAUAGGUUUACCGGGGCUGAAGCCCCUGUGCCUAGGCCCGAGGAAGCAAAAAAACAACAACUGCCAACCACAGGAGGUCUCAGGAGCCUGCUCUCAAUGAGUGUAGACAGCCUGCUGCUGCUCUGCUAAUCAUCAGAUGGGGGAAGGAGAGGAGGUAGUGGGCCCAUGUGGUUAACUGAUUAAUAUAUGAUUUUAAAUUAGUUGCAUAAUAAAUAAAUAAAUGUGAAUGGUCAAUUGUGUGAGUCAGGGGCUGGGCCCAAGAGGCCAACAUUUUUAAAUACGUUAUUUAUUUUUUUAUCCAACCACAGGAGCCCGUUCUCUAUGUUCAAAAUACACAAGAGAGCAUAAUUUAGCCAAGAUGAUCAAUAGUUUAUAAAAAAAAAAACUGUGGAUUAAGUUUUAUCACAAGCACAUACUUUUGUAUAUAUAGUGUACUUGUAUGUGGUGUAUUAAAUCAAGAACACAGCCAUGCAAUCUCAAUAAACAAACAUUGGCAGUAGAAUGGUCUUACUGAAAAACUCAGUGACUUUCAAUGUGGCACUGUCAUAGGAUGCCACAUUUCCAACAAGUCAGUUCGUAAAACUUCUGCCCUGCUAGAGCUGCCCCAGUCAACUGUAAGUGCUGUUAUUUUGAAGUGGAAAUGUCUAGGAGCAACAAUGGCUCAGCCACGAAGUGGUAGACUACACAAGCUCACAGAACUGGACCUAUGAGUGCUGAAGCGCGUGGCGCAUAAAAAAUUGUCUGUCCUCGGUUGCAACACUCACUACUGAGUUCCAAACUGCUUCUGGAAGCAACAUCAGCACAAUAACGGUUUGUCGGAAACUUCAUGAAAUGGGUUUCCAUGGCCAAGCAGCCACACACAAGCCUAAGAUCACCAUGCACAAUGCCAAACGUCGGCUGGAGUGGUAUAAAGCUCGCCGCUAUUGGACUCUGGAGCAGUGGAAACUAGUUCUCUGGAGUGAUGAGUCACACUUCACCAUCUGGCAGUCCGACGGACAAAUCUGGUUUUGGCAGAUGCCAGGAGAACGCUACCAGCCCGAAUGCAUACUGCCAACUGUAAAGUUUGGUGGAGGAGGAAUAAUGGUCUGGGGCUGUUUUUCAUGGUUCGGGCUAGGCCCCUUAGUUCCAGUGAAGGGAAAUAUUAACGCUACAGCAGACAAUUACAUUCUAGAUGAUUCUGUGCUUCCAAAUUUGUGGCAACAGUUUGGGGAAGGCCCUUUCCUGUUUCGGCAUGACAAUGCCCCCAUGCACAGAGCAAGGUCCAUACAGAAAUGUUUUGUUGAGAUCGGUGUGGAAGAACUGGCCUGCACAGAGCCCUGACCUCAACCCCAUCGAACUCCUUUGGGAUGUAUUGGAACGGUGACUGUGAGCCAGGCCUAAUCGCCCAACAUCAGUUCCCGACCUAAUGGAAGCAAGUUCCAAUAUCUAGUGGAAGGCCUUCUCAGAAGAGAGGAGACUGUUAUAGCAGCAAAAGGGGGACCAAUCCAUAUUAAUGCCCAUGAUUUUGGAAUGAGAUGUGGCAUAGCUUCUACAAGUGGACCUAAACCAUGCCAGAAACAUGCACACCAUAACAUAUAAUAUUUAUCCCUCAUUUAGUCAAGCCCCGGGGCCUAUGAUUUCUUAAUCCGGCCCGACUCCACUGUUUCAGUAAUUGCAAAAGCAUGCAGCAGUUGUAGGCUAAAAGGAGUGAUAGUGCACUGGGCACAGAUGUCAGUUCAACAUCUACUUUUGAUUUACAUUUGGUUGAUUGGUCAACUAACGUGAAAUCAACCAAAAAUGUUACCAUAUCAUUGGAUUUAGGUUAAAAGUAGGGUGAAAAAAAGGAAAUUCCUUUCCAUUGAUUACAUUUUGCACAUCCAAUGAGUUCUCCACGUUGAUUCAACAUCAUCACAUUUAUUUUUUGAUUGAAAUGAUGUGGAAACAACGUUGAUUCAAACAGUUUUUGCCCAAUAGGAGGCUACAGUUCAGUGAGGAUAGGCUACUAGACCUCUCUGGGAUGCAUCAAGUCAGAGACCCCACCGCUCGUCCUUUGGAAACAUCGCUUUGGGGGCGUUGUCAUGGAAAUCAAAGGACGUGUAGAUGGAUUUGACAAAGAAGGGGGCUUCAAAGGAACAAAAGCCAGUAUGAUACUACUUCCAAAGGUGUCAGAAACAUUAAAAGCGAAUGUCCCUUGUAUAUCCCUCAAAUGAAGACCGCGCUUCUCUUGGCACACCGAUAACCUAAUCUCCACAAAGUGCAUUUUGCAAUAUGGUUGCUUUCUGUGAAGAACAUCAUUUUAAACCGAAUCAGACACACAUGCAACACAGUUUUGCGGCUUGAGAUAUGCAGGCCUGAGUGACACGGAAAGUGCGCAUCAGAGUGGAACACCAUCCUUUGCGCUUGGGAGUAGGCUACCAAGAUGGUCAACAAGGGGAAUAAACUUCAGAGCCUGUCAAAAGGGUUUGUUCUGCUCAGCAUAAUGACACUCAAGACCAAUGCCAUCGAGACGGUCAAUGUGGUGGACUUCUGUGGCCAGAACAUCCGGGGCAACGGGAUGAUUGUCAACUCACACCAGGAGUCCAAGAAGUACUACUUUGUCACCAUGGGAACAGACUGCCACUUCACUAUGCAGGCUUUCUCUCCCAAGGACAAGGUACAGUUCCACUUCCGCUUCUUCCUGGUCUACAGCCUGCUUCGUUUAGCACCCCAAAGUCCCACCUCCUUGUUCCCUGAGUCCCCCCGGGACCUCCGAUUAGAGCCUUCGAAUCCAGUGGUGGAGCCAAGGGACCCGUGUCAUGCGGGGUCAUACAUUCAGUUCUAUGAUGGGCGGGACAAGAACUCGCCUCCAAUUGGGCCACCGCUGUGUGGGAAGAGCCCACCCCGUCCGGUGCUGUCCACAGGGAAUCACUUGACCCUGCGUCUGGUAACCCGCGGUACCCAGCCAAGAGUGGACUUUGUGGGGGACUUUACCUCCUUCAGACUGGGUUUUAACCAAUCCGCGUGCAGCGGCGAACCUUAUUUCCUGUGUCGCAAUGGGAAGUGUAUCCCCAUGAGUCUGGUGUGUGACGACAAGGGCAUUGAUAACUGUGGGGACGGGAGCGACCUAGAGGAUCACCUGCCCUCAGGGUGCAAAGGUCACUUAGCAGGUCAGCUGGCUCCAGCCCAAGCCACUCCCCCAGCAGUGACCCCAACCCCUCCUGUCUUAAAUCCGCCAACUUUUCCCAUGUCCACCUAUAGGAACUGUGGCACUCCAGACGGCGAACCCAAUCACGACUCAGUGACAGACUCUCCACCCUACCUGUCCCUGCUGGCGCUCUUCAUCACCCUGGGUGUGAUAGCUGGUUUGGUCCUGCUGUGUUGGUGCUGCUGGUCUCCAGGAUGGUUCCUCUGGAGGAUCAUUGUCUGCCACUUCCUACCCUGCUGUAACUCAGCCUGUGCCUUCUGCAAGCUCUGUGCCCGAAGCUGUUCCCAGAACAAGGAGCACCGACUGGCUAAGGUUUCACCACAAGGACAGGUCACAACCAACAAUGCCGCCUUGGCCACCCUCACCACAGCCACGGCUAGCGCCACUACUGUCGCUGUGUAGGGGGUCGCUAUAUAGCGUAGGACUGUUAUCGCUAUGUAGGGUAACCACCAUGAUGGCUAACAGUGAGACAGAGGGACUCAUGGACAUGAUGACCCAGAUUUCAUGUUCUAGACUGAUGGACUGAGAUGAGACUCAUCUUUUUGCUAGUUUACAAGAAUGUCAUGGAAGAAGGGGUACUGCAGGGUGUACAUUUGCAUUUUCAGUGGAAAUGAGACAGUGUCAUUAUCUUCUCCCCACAUUUGGACAGUUCUUAAAAUGGGGAGAGGCUUCACUUUUGAAUGUUUCACUCACUGUAUGAUCCUUUUUUGUUGUUGCUUUAAAAAAUAAAUGACUGGCGCUAAAUCCGCUACACUCAAAUUAGUAUGAUUUGUUUUUGCCUUAAGUAAUCUUCUGUCUUGAGUAACCAUACCAAACGUAACAUAAGGACGAUGGUUUGUCUGGUGGAUGGGUAAGCGUAUAACGUAAACGUCAGCAACCCAAAGAUUACGUGUUUGAAUCUCAUCAUGGACAACUUUAACAUUUAAGCUAAUUAGGCACUUUUCAACUUCUGUCUACUUUGUAGUUACAUUGCAACUACUUAGUAUGCUAGCUAACCCUUCCCCUAACCUUAACCCUUUAAACUAACUCUUAACCGUAACCCCUAACCCUAAUCCCUAGCCUAGCUAACGUUAGCCACCUAGCUAACGUUAGCCAAAACAACUUGUAAUUCUUAACAUAUCAUACGUAUUUAAAAUUUGUAACAUAUUGUAUGAAUUGCAAUUCGUAACAUAUCAUACAAGUUGUAAUUUGUAAAAUAUCACACGAAAUGGAUGAUGGACAACCACAAAUGAAUACCAAACGGAACAUAUCAUACUAAAUUGAGUGUCCUGGAUUUUAAUUUACAGGUUUUACAGAGUCCAGGUUUCUUCUUCUGACUAUUUUGUAUUUAAAUGUGCUAGUCGACCAACGUAGGAGGUUAUUUUCUGAAUGUAGCGUAACCCAGGUUCACCUAUUCAAUUCUAUCAAGUUUGGCAUAAGACUCCUAGUUACAAAAGCAUGAGAAAUUCCACUCCCCUCAACCUGCUCCCACUAAAAUGUUAUCUUCCCACACGUGUAAGCCCGUUACUCAGCAGGGACUCACUCCAUCUGCUGAAAAAUACAUUGUUUUGCUGCGGGCAACCAUACAUACUGUAUGUCACACUCAUGUCUGCCAUGUAAACUCAUCCUGCCUAGAUUGAGUAGACACAUAACCUUUCUUGGGUUUCCCGCUUUGCUUGUUGUGUAACUAGAUUACACAGUGCCCCCACCUUUGUCUUUUGAGUGAUUUGGAGAGGUGCUCUCGAGGCUUCUUAAGGAUGACACAUGCUUGACUAAAUGCUGAGUUUUUCUCUUCUGAGUUGCCAAGUGACAAUUGAAGCUAUGGUCCCGUCAACCUCUCAAACUCUCUCUCGCUCUCCCUCUCUUUCUUAGAGACUUAAGAUACACGGAUAUGCCUGCCACUUUAUUCACGAGGUCAUGAACUAAGCUGGAAGAGAUGACAAUGAACAACAGGUGCAUUAGUAUAAUUUUAUACACUAGGGCGUCUCCCUAACUUUCAGAUAUGAUACCAUAAAAGACGUGUUCUCAACACCACAAACAAGAGGACAUAGGCGUUUGAUUGUGUCACACAGCCAAAAUGAUUUGUGUCCCUAGAACUACUUUGUAAAUACUGUACAUUCUUUCCCAUAGAUGUUUCAAAUGUUUCUAUGUAUUCAGAAUGCUAAAGUGAUUUCUACCACUACCUUUGUAUUAUUGACAACCUCCAUAUUCAAAAGCAAAGUGUUUGCUUAUAGUCAGUCGUAUGUUUGUCUGAAAUGUCAUCAUUAUCUAUUUUUCACACUUUUGUUUAAGUUUAUACUUUAUUUCUCAUGAUAUUUCCACAGACAACUAAGAAAUUGUUCAUGUAAUCACCACUGCCUGAUAUACACUGAGUGUAUAAAACAUUAGGAACAAUUGCUUUUUCCAUGUCACAGAUUGACCAGGUGAAUCCUAUGCUCCCUUAUUGAUGUCACUUAUCAAGGCACAAGGCGAGACCCAAAUGCAGACACAUGAGGCAGAUGGUUGGAGUCUUACAAUGUUUAUUAAUCCAAUGGGGUAGGCAAGAGAAUGGUUGUGGACAGGCAAAAAGAUCAAAACCAGAUCAGAGUCCAGAAGGUACAGAAUGGCAGACAGGCUCGUGGUCAGGGCAGGCAGAAGGGUCAGGCAGCCGGGUACAGGGUCCAGAAACAGGUAAGGGUCAAAACCGGGAGGACUACAAAAAUGAGAAUGCAAAAAGCAGGAGAACGGGAAAACUGCUGGUUGACAUCAAAACAUACAAGACGAACUGGCACAGAGAGACAGGAAACACAGGGAUAAAUACACUAGGGAAAAUAAGCGACACCUGGAGGGGUGGAGACAAUAACGAGGACAGGUGACACAGAUCAAGGUGUGACAGUUACUUGUUAAAUCCACUUCCAUCAGUGUAGAUGAAGGGAAGGAGACAGUUUAAAGAAGGAUGUUUAAGCCUUGAAACAAUUGAGACAUGGAUUUUGUGUGUGCCAUUCAGCAGGUGAAUGGGCAAGACAAAAGAUUUAAGUGCCUUUGAACAGGGUAUGGUAAUAGGUGCCAGGUGCACCGGUUUGUGUCAAGAACUGCAACGCUGCUGGGUUUUUCAUGCUCAACAGUUUCACUUGUGUAUCAAGAAUGAUCCACCACCAAAGGACAUCCAGCUAACUUGACACAACUGUGGGAAGCAUUGGAGUCAACAUGGGCCAGCAUCCCUGUGGAACGCUUUCAACACCUUGUAGAGUCCAGCACCAAAGAAUUGAGGCUGUUCUGAAGGCAAAGGAGGAGGGCGGGGGUGCAACUCAAUAUUAGGAAGGUGUUCUUAAUGUUUUGUACACUUAGUGUAUGUAAAUAUAUGUUUGACAAUAUUAAACAUAGAACAAUGAAGA